AUGGCGUCUUUUCCUAAAGGAUUCAAAAAGAUAGUGGCGACAAAGUUGACCCCUCGAUUUCGUGACGCUGUCGAAAUCCGGGUUACCGACGGCCCCCCCGUCCUAAAACCAACGGAGGUUUUUGUUAAAAAUUUUUUUGUGGGAAUUAAUGCCAGCGAUGUGAAUUUUACAGCUGGUAAAUAUAAACCUGAUGCGAAACCCCCUUUUGAUUGUGGUUUUGAAGCCCUUGGUGAAGUAGUUGCUUUGGGUGGAAAUGUAAAGGAAAUUACUCUUGGAGAUGCUGUUGUAACACGUUGUUAUGGCGCGUUUGCGGAAUAUCAAGUUGUUCCUUCUCGACAAACUAAAAAGGUUCCAUCACUUAAAAAAGAAUGGCUUCCUUUAGAUCUCAGUGGUAUAACAGCAUCUAUUUCUUUGGAGGAGGUAGUAAAACCUUUACCAGGAGAAGUGGCAGUUGUUACUGCUGCCGCAGGUGGAACAGGACAAUUUGCUGUUCAAUUACUUAAAAACUUAUAUCGAUGUCGUGUUAUUGGUAUAACUUCAUCCUUUUUAAAAGAAUCAUUUUUAAAGGAAAUUGGUUGUGAUAAUAUUAUAGUUGAAGAAAGGGAAUCUAUAGAUGAAGGAUUAAAGAAAUUUGCUCCAACAGGAAUUAAUUUAGCCUAUGAAUCUGUAGGUGGUGAAACUUUUGAAGCUAUUGUAAAUAAUAUUUCACUUCGGGGACGAAUAUUAUCAAUAGGAAGUAUAUCUGGAUAUAAUAAUGGUAGUAGUUGGAUACAGCAUUCUUCAAAUUACACACCUAUUCAAACAAGACUUUUAUCAAAAAGUGCAACCCUACAUACUUUUUUUUUACCACAUUUUGCAAAGUAUGAUAAACGUCACUUUUCUAAUUUAUGUCGUCUUUGUGAAACUGGGCAAAUUAGAAGUUUUGUGGAUCUAUUUCCUUCUAAGGGUUUAGAAGCUAUUCCAGAUGCAGUGGAUUAUAUGUAUCAGAGAAAAAAUAAGGGGAAAAUAGUUGUGGAACUAUAA